AUGGCGAAGACGGCCAAGGAGAUCUUCGUCGAGUGCAUGCAAAAGGGCGGCGUUCCGACCGGCCUUACCGCAAAGCAGAAGAACCGCGUCAACACGAUCUUCGAGUGGUUCAGCAGCAUGGCAACCAGGGAGGAGCUCGCGGCUCUCUCGCCCUCGGCUACCGACUUGGGGGGCGCGAGGAUCAUCGCUGCGAGGCUGGACGCGCUCAUCAAGGCGCGAUUUGCCAAGCUCUACAGCGACAACUGGGAGGCUCGCAAGGAGAAGGGGCCGAGGACGCAGAAGGUCCCGCUCUCGCUCCAGGCUGCCAAGGGACCUCUCACCUCCACCGCCCUCAGCACUGCCAUCGAGAACCUCGGCAGCCACAGGACUGGGCUCUUUGAACCCGCUGUCAGUUUGGUGCAGCUCACGCUCGUGUUCUGCUCGGGCUUGAUGGACUCUCAGACGCUGAUGUUCCGACUCAGAGACUGGAUGCAAGCACGCUGGCUGACGCUCGAUGCGCCCUCGCGGCCGUCGGAGGUUGCCGAAUACGGCUCCAUCGCGCGGCUGCUGCGUCCGGGGUCCGAGGCGCUCUGCCGCGAGGCGGACUGGCACUCGCUCAUCGCGGCGGCGGUCGAGAAGAAGGCGCUGCCGGAUGUCGUCGAUCAGCUCACGGUCGCACUCAGGAUGGCCUCCGAUCCGGCGCACGGGGUGCUGCUGCUCUCUGUGACGUGCCGCCUCGUCCUCCAGACGCUCGCGGCCGGCGGCGACUCGACGCAGUCGCUGACGGUCCUUCCCGAGCCCCUCGACCGAUUCCUCCUCGGCCGCCGCGUCUCCGGCAGCCCGGCCGCGUCGCUCGAGGCCAUCGUCACGGCGCUGUCCGGCGCCGGCCUCGCAAAGCGCCAGGUCAACCGGCCCGCGGUCGUCGCCCUCUCUGCUCACCUGCUCCGGCUCAACAGCGUGCACAGCCUCCUGCACGCCGUCGCGCGGAGCGCGCCGCUGCACGAGGCCGUCGCCCAAGCCGUCGCGGACGCCAUCAGCUCGAGCGAGGGCGGCCACCGGCUGUCUCCCGGCGUGACGAGCCUGAUCUCCCUCGUCGUGCAGAACGUGGCCGCCUCGGCCGCCGCGGCGGGUGCAGCCGCUGGGCCGCUGACAAACGCGAUGCUACAAUUCCUGGGCGAAGUGCAGAAGCGGGCGCCGGCCCUCGCCGCCGCCAGCCUCGCCAGCGGAGUCGUGACUGAGGCCCUCGCGAGCGCCGUUGCAUCCAUCCGCCCGCCCGCCGCCGCCAAGGCUGCCUUGCGCCUGGGCCACGACUUCGUCUUCCAAACGCUGCAGGGCUUUCCCGCUCACCUCCUCGAGCGGCAGUCCCUCCGCCAAGCCGUGGCGCUGAUGCAGUCCCGCGCCUCGAGCUCCGAUGUCGACCCGAGCAGCCGGACCCAGGCGCUCAAGGCGCUCGCCGCGUUGGCCGAGAUGCGCGCCUGGGGCCCGGCCGACGCAGCCGCCACCCAAGCGGCCGCUGCAGAGGGCAAUGCGGAAGGCUUUGCAGAGUGUUCGCACGCUCUCCUCGAGACCAUCCGCGACGCCAUCAGCUCUGGCCACAAGCCCUUCAUCUGCAGCCUCGGCCUCGCGAUCCAGGCGCUCAUCGCCGCAAACCCGUGGGGCCUCCGCCGCCUGCCGCUGCCCUUGCCGCUGCCAGACCCUGCACGCGAGGACGCCGGCGCUCCUCGGCUGGCCCCGGCGUGCGAGGCGUGGGUCGAGUCGAUCGAUGGCGAGUUCACCAACUUACUCGACUUGCACGCCGCGAUGCCCGCCACGCCAGCCGGCCAGGCCUUCACGGUCCUCGAGCGGGCGGUGCUGGGACCUGCGCGAGUCGGCUGCGUCAUCCACCGCGCCCUGUCCACGCCUGCCGAAGCCCCCGGCCGCGCCGCCCUGUUCCACCUCGUGCGCGCCCUCGUCGUGCGGCCCGGUGACGCACGCAGCACUGCAGCGCAGCUCCUCGCGGCGGCGCCCACGCCGACGCAUCUGGCCCCCUCUGGCAUCACCACCGGCCUCUGCUCCAGCGUUGCGCCCUCGCUGGUGGGCGGGCUGGCCCUCACGCAAGUGGAGUGCAACUCGCUCGCACACGAGCUCCUGCAGGCAGAGCGCCUCAUCGCUCCCGACGCGUGGAGCCAAAGAGCGUGGGCGUUCGCUCUGCUCGCCGCGGUGGCAGCGAGCGGAAGCGGCGAGGCAAUGGAAGCGGUGCCAAGCGAGUGGAUCGUGGCCCAGCUGGCGAAGAUGUGCCAAUCCCCCCCGGCGGAAGCCUGUGGUGGGGCCAAGAACUUGCUCGCGUGCCUCGACCCGCUCUUGCGGCUGAGCGCGCUGGCAGUGCAGCGGCGGGGCGCCCAGGCCGAGGCGGGGAGCCGAGCGGCGAAUCAGGAGGUGGCGUCCUUCCAAGAGGUGCUGCAGGGCAACUUCGUGGAGCUGGCCGUGGCGGGUGCCGAGCGCCGUGCGCUGGAGGUGCUCUUCCUCCAGCCUCGCCACGGCGCGAUUGCUGCGCUCGCCGCGCCGCUCGCUCGGCUCCGCUCGCAGGGCCAGUCGUGCCCGCGCGCCGCGGCGGCGCUCCUGCGCUCGGUCGGCGAGGCGAGCCUCCUCUCCGGGCAAGCUCUGCGGAGGGAGGCGAGGGCCGUGGCGCAGCAGCAAGCCGCGCCCGCGCCCACGCCGGCCCAUGAGGGGCUGGACGAGUACGACUACAUGGAACGCGAGUCCGCCUCCGCCCGCCUCGAGGAGGAGGAGGCGCGGCUGAUGCUCGAGGCGCUCAACGAAGACCCGUUCUGCAGAUUUGUGCCGUGUCUGGCGGCUUGCGCCGCUGACCACGCGACGCCCUGUCCGGUGCGCUGCUCGGCGGUGACUUCUCUCGGCCGCAUCGCGCAGCUCCACCCCCGCGUGGCCGAGGGGCUGCUCCCCACCCUGGCGCCGCUGUGUGCGCGGAGCGAGCCGGCCGAGGUCCGCUCGCGCGCGAGCCUUGCCGUCGCGUCGCUCGUCGCGAGCGUGCCGCGGCUCGUGGAGCCCCUGCUCGAGGAGGCGCUGCGCGCCCCGCUGCGCGCCCCGCUGCGCACGCCCGCUCUGCUGCGGCGGGCGGCGGGCGCGAGCCUCCUCGACUUGUGCGCGGCGCGGAAGCUGCGGGCGGCGACGGAGCUGCCGCUCGUGCUCCCCUGCCUGCUCGACCCGGACCCGCAGCUCGCGGCCCGGGCUUGGGGCUGCGUGCACGCCGUCAUGAAGCACGAGGGCUCCCGCUGGUGCCGCCUCGCCUACGCCGCACUGCUGCCGCUCUGCCACACGGCAGCCCAGCCCCUCUUCGCGCGCCUCGUCGCGCUGCUCCUCCCGACCGUCGUGGCGGCGCGGGCGGCCGAUCUGGCACAGGUCGGCGAGGCGCUGGUGCAAGCCAUGUCCAAGCUCGUCCAGCCGCCCAAGGUGCUGCGCCGCAACCUCGCCACGCUCGCCGCCUCGUGGCCGCCGUCGGACCGCAGCUUGGCCGCCGCCCUCGGCGCUCUCGGCGGCGGCCAGGCGAGAGACGACGCCGACGCCGACGCAGCGGAGGGCGGCGCGACAGCAGGCACGCGCGUGGCUCGAGAUUCGGCAGCCGGCCCACGCCGUGACCUCCACACCGUGACUCGUUCCGCUGUCAAGAAGGGCUUGGCCCAGCACGUGCGCGCGGCGAAGCAGGCCAGCGGCCUCAAGGGCAGCACGCUGGACAGCGUCGCUCGGCUGCUCGACGCCGCGCGCCCGUCCGGCGGCGAGCGGGGCGAGUCGGAUGACUCGGACACGUCGUCGAACGAUCCGGGAGACGAGCGGGCGGGGCGAGGGCGGGUCGAGGCUUGCGAGGCUUGCGAGGCCGCGUCCGAGUCGGGCGAGGACUUUGACGCGCCCGCGCCUGAGACCAAGCGGCGCGCGGGGCGGCGGGGCGCCGCCCCCGCCCGCGACGACAGCGGACAAGGCAAGACGGCGGCCGAGGACGGCGACCGUGACGACCGGGCGCGCCGCGUGCUGGGCCAGCUGCAAGCGCCAGCCCCCCUCUACCGGUGCACGCAGUUUGAGGAUGCGGAGGAGGGCGGCGGCGCCCGGCCGCGGCCGCCAAAGAAGACGAAGAUGGCCAAGCCUCCAGGCGCGAAGCGGCUUGGCGGCCGGACCUGA